CAUUCAGGUUCGGCUGGCUGCGAAGGAAAGGGGAAAAAACAAGCAACAAGAAGGAAGAGCAAUGGCGACGCUGGUGCGCCAAACACUGAGUGUGGGUCCGUUCACCAGCAAACCGUGUCCUGUCUUCACCAACGAGACAGACUUCUACUCCCUGGACAACAUGCACGUGUACGGUCUGAUCUCAACCUGCAAGCACGUCUCUCGAGCCGAAUGCAAUGUUUGCGAGCCAGUUGUUAAACUUGCAGGCUUCCCAAACCAUUACGCACUUCAGCUCCUCCCCAUAACCCAGACUGAGACACUGAGGCACAAUGCAGAUGCCAGGCUCUCAUGGCAGAGCACAGGGGUCAGUGACUCCCAGCUACUCGACUCCAAACAUGCGGCUCACAGACAGGAGAGUGCGAGAGAGAGAAAUAACUCCAGGACCUGGGGAAGCAGUUGUACAGUGAGUAGAGAGGAUAAACACCCCCACCCCCACCCCCACCCCAACGCCUUCAAAGCCAUGCACAGCAAGAACCAGAGGAGACACGGUUCUUCAAGUGGUUCACGGGCCCCUCUGGUUCCUCUGAAGGAUAAGAUGUCUCUGAGUCAGAGUGACCUUGAGGCUUUGCCAUUUCGUGUGCCUCGUGAUUACCCACACUCUCGCUUCAACAAAGCCCCCCUCGCUGUUUACCCGCCAAAAGGAGCCCGAACAAAAGCCUGUGUUUCCUUACCCGUGGUGAGUCUGGAGAAGAUGCCUUGUUUCAGCCGCUCAGAGGGAGCGCAAAUCAAAGUCAGCUCUACUCCAUCCACAGUCGGGUCAUCUCUUCCUGUCCAAUCUUCAUCCUCUGCGUCUUUCUCACCAUCCUCCUCUUCCCUAAAGUCCACAAUUACAUCACCAGCAUCUUGCAGGAAUCAGGAAAAGCUUGCGAAUGGCCGUGGCACCAUAACACCAUGUCCCACCACACCUCCGUUAUUGACUGACAGGCGGCUAAGCCCAUCACAGUCGUCUCCCUUGGACAAGCGACUCACCGUGUCGCCGUCCUCACAAGACAGAAGACCUGCCACAUCUCCUUCACUGUCCUCAGUGGACAGGAGACCAGCUGUCUCACCGUCAGCAACAGAGCGAAAGCAUCUGAAUGGAGCAAAGAGCAGCAGUCACAGGAGAGUUUCAGGUAGAGUCUAUGAUCCAAAUAAACACUGCGGAGUCCUAGAUCCAGAGAGCAAGCGGCCUUGCACUCGUUCUCUUACAUGCAAGACCCACUCUUUAACACAUCGUCGUACAGUCCCAGGGCGGAAGAAGGACUUCAAUAUUCUUUUGGCUGAGCAUAAGGGCCGGGCUAAGGAGAAAGAUUCAGGGCAAAAGAAGGAUGGAGCGAGUAACCAGGCAGCUCAGUCGAUCCAGCCCCUCAGUCCUGCUUCCAGCACACCUUCAGUCUGUCACAAUGGCAAGACCACUCCUACUCUCAAGCUGAGGCUGGCCAGCGCACACAUACAGAGAGGCUCUGGUAGUGGGGGUGCAGUAGUACUCAGUUCCACAACUCUUCCUGCCACUGACCAAAUACCCAGCUGUCAGAGAUACAGCGGUGACGCUCAUGAGUCCAGCGACGAGGCGGAAGCUGAGUUUGCUGAGGAACUGGAGAAAACUUCAUGUCAUUACUCUUCUUACCACCCACGACCCAUUAGUUGGUGUGCCUUCAGCAGCCGGUUGUUGGGUCAGGGUCACUACGUGUUUGACAGACACUGGGACAGGGUGAGGCUUGCACUGCACUGCAUGGUGGAGAAGCAUGUCAACGCUCAGAUGUGGAGGAAAGUCCCUCUAGCGGCAGACAGCGUAACUAGCAUGUCUGAUUCAUCGUCUCUAAACAUGGCCCUUCUCCCUAGCCCCACUCCAUCCGUUGACUCUAUUUCCACGGUGUCCUGCUCCACCCCUUACUCCCACAAUGGCACCAGAAUCUUCUGCCUACAGGAAUCCAAAGUGCAGCUGAAUAAAGCAGCCAAGUCAUUAAAAACCUCUGCAGAAGGGGCGUUGUUGAAAAAGCAAAAGCCACCUCCGGUUGCUGAGAAGAGGAAUGGGUACGAACUCUCAGGCCCUGCGCACAUCAGCAAUGGCACAGCAGCCCUGAGCAUGCGGUCCAAACCGAGCCAGCCAGGGGCAAGUCAUGGGCUGAGCAACACGGACAGAUACACCAGCAUCGAGCUAACCCUUCCACAGGCGCCAAAGGCCAAUCACGGGGCAGUUUUGUCCCAAAGCCUGCUGACGUGUGGAUCGACAGAGGGACGCAAACGCAAAACCCCAGGCUCUGAGCGAGCUAGCAAAGUGACCAAAAUAAUGGCGCACAAUGAAAUCUUCCAGAAAAGCAGCACUGCCAUGCUGUCGGCAGCAGCUGAGGCACCCCACAGCGCCCUCUCCAGACUGUCCAAGGUACAUCAGUGACACCGGCUGAGGUGGAUCAAGUAAAGCAGCUUCGCAGCAGUGACCUUUAACCUCCCCUCUUAUCCACACAGUGGUGAUCUUUAACCUGCCGUGGCCUGCAUGCAGCGCCACCACCCACCGUGGCCCCUGUGGAGCCCAUGGCACUGUGUGUGAGGGUGUGUGCCUGAGCACCCUGACUGUUCACUGACAAACCUCAUUUGUUUAGGUACUGCAACUAGUCAUCUACAUAACAGCAGUUUAAAGAAACAACCUGCCGUUUCAUUCCCGUCACAGAACACAUGCGCAUACGCAGCCGUCUCCGAAUCAGCGGGACAUUUCCUACGUCCUACAUCAACCCUAAGGUUUUUUUUUCUGUCAUAUCUCUGGCAGUAUGGGAAGCACAAGAUUAAAGACAAGUGGUUGGAUCUGAACACAUCAGUGUGCUAUAAGAGCGAGGCAGGAGCUUCAGACUUGACCGGAUCUAAAGUGCACUUAGUGUCCUUUUAUGCCUGGACUAUGCAACAGGCUGCUGAGGAGGAAAAAAAACAGACACACAAAAAUUAAGUGUUUCACCAAGGGAAUAUUUUAUAGAUGCUUUUUUUUGGCAAGCUGUAUUUUUCUAAAGAGGGUGAAUUCAGGUUUUUGAGGAAUUCAGGAGUUUUUCUGUCACAAGUGUUACUGAAGAAUACGAUGUUUAUGACUCGAACCCAGGUUGGAAAGCAAACUAGCAUAGUGUUAAAUUUUGUAUAAUAAUUUAUCUUCCAUAUUAAUUCUCCUAACAUACAUGGCUUAUGGCAUUGCUCAAAGGUAUAUUUGUAUGUCAUCCUAAAGAAAUGUAAGUAUUAUUAUAUUAGACAUUUUACUGGUGAAAAUAUGAGUGCAAAACUGUUUUUUAUAUAAUAUUUAUUAUUAGUGUCUUUCAGCGCUUAGGUAUCUAGAAGCCUCUGUCUUCCUUAUCUUCAGAUGGUUUAUAGAAGAAAAAAAAAGCUAUUUUUUUUCACCUUCUUCUUUCUCAUGACUGACUUGUCAAUGAUAUAAAGAGCCACUCAAACGAUUAUUCAAAUCGAGGAAAUUAUUAUGGUUUUUUUUUUAAUAUUAUGUUUUUUUUUUUAAUAUUAUGUUUUUUUUUUGUUUGUUUUUUUUUCUGUUUUUUUUUUUUUCUUCUCUCUUUCUCCCUUUUCCUUCAAAAUGCAGCCAUGAGACACCAGGGCAGAGAAUUAGAGCUGCUGCCUAAGCUAAGCGAGUUUUCCAUAACAUUUUAACAUCACGUUUAAAGUGAACUUCUUCCUAGCUGUGAAUUCUGACCUUAUUGUACAUUUACAAUUUUAUUUUCUUUUUUUUUUCCAGUUCAUAAAGGAGUUUGAUUUGAUUGUUCUUUUGCCACGACAGAUUUAAUAUGUUUAAUAUGAUUUGUAUGUAUUUAGUACAACACUUUCUAUAAUAAUAAUAAUAAUAAUAAUACUGGUUGUAGCGUUAUGAUCAGGAUAUUUCUUUGCAUCACCCUUAGUGUCACAUGAAGCUUUGUUGUUGUUGUUUUUUUUUUUGUUAUUUUUUCCCCACUAAGUCAGAUAUUAUUGCUUUUGUGAAGACAACAAUUUCUACCAAUCCCCCCUUUUUUGCACUUUUCUCUUUGAACAGGAAUUUAAUAUGUUUCUAUUUAUAAAGGUAUAUAUAAUGAGGCAUAUUAUGUGGAAAAGACAGAGAUGUGUGUACAGUUUUGUCAAUAACAGCCAAUACUGUGUAAGGACGUGUAACUGUGUGAUCCCCAAUGCUAUAACACCUUCUGCCGUGGGGGUGACUAACUUGCUGUGUGUGUCAUCAUUACCGUAUUUUGCCUUGCUGUUUUGAUUAAUUUGCUGCCGGUUGACUGUCUUCAGCUUAAUGAAUCCAGCUCUUGAGGAAGGUUUUUUUAGCUCUAUCUUAAAGGAUGUCUGAUUUUAACUGUUACUGUUCCAUGACCUGCUGGAAUUGCCAUGUGUUUCCAGUAAGCAUGAUGUUCCUGCUUACAUUUACAUUUACGGCAUUUAGUAAAUGCUCUUAUCCUGAGCCACUUAUAUAUUAAGUGGCAAUUUAAUGGACCUUGGAUUCAGACUCACAACCUUCUGGUCACUAGGUUGUGAGUUCACCACACCACUAAGCUACCAUAUACUGCUUUCUGGAAAGUUGUCAUCAUCGUCGUCAUUACCACCACCACCACCAUCACAUCGUCAUCAUCAUCACCACCACCAUCAACUUCUUCUUCUUCUUCUUCUUCUUCUUCUUCUUCUUCUUCUUCCUGGAGGGCUGAACAUUCCUCUUCCUGAAAACCCCCUAGUAUCAGGGGGUUUCCCUCUUAGUGAUUUGGACAACAUUUAUUCUCAGGAUUAAAAUAUGUGGAGGACAAACAACCAGACAUGUGCCACAGGAGUGGGCAGGAAAAUAUGUUCAAAUUCAUCCAGAAAGCUGCUGAUUUGCAUCAGUCACUGAGGUGCACAGUGGCAUCUAGUACCAGAUUUUGAUUGAUAGAUUUUCCUGGUUUAAAUGGCAUUAUACUAAAACACGGUGAUUGUGGCAUUUCCACUGGCUAGAAAACUGGCUUAUGUUUUUUACUUUAAAGGCUCCACACUGUGCCAUGUCCUGGCUGCUGUUGUCUAUGUAAGGUCAGAGUUCCUGCAAACAAAAAUGUCAUUUUAUUCAACAGAAUGUAAUAUUAAUAAUGACCUUUGCCCAGUUUCACAGAAAACGUGCACACACACACACACACACAUGUGCACACACACACGUGCACACAGGUCUGGCAAAGCAGAAAAAAGGAAUUGUCUGAAUGCUGUAGACUGCAGUUAUGUUUAGUGUAUCUCUCCCAUCCUCUCCCUCUUCCUCUCUAACUCUCAUUCUCUACUUUUCUCCCUCUCUAUCACUUUCUUUCUCCCUUUCUAUCUUUCGCUCUCUCAUUCUCUCUCUCUAUCUCUCACUGCACUGGGGUGAGAUUCCCAAAUGCAUGCAGACCUAAAGCUGAUGAAGACCAUAUGGCUAAUCACGUAUGGGUCCUGACCACUGUUUAAGGUGAUGUCAACAGCACUGCUGUUGCUGAUACAUCUACUAACUCCAAAUACUUCUGCACAAUGUGUGCAUAUGACUAGAUGACUUUUAUUUUUUGAAUGUCAAUAGUAAGGAAAGGCAGACUUUUUUUUUAUUAAAAAAAAAAAAAAAAAGCGUGUCCUUUGACCUUUCUCACCCCGUGUUUUCAGUACAGUGACACAGGCAUAUUGUGUAUUUGUUAGGUUUGACAAUGUUUUACAUUUCAUGUGAUCCAUAAAUCACUUCUAGCUGC